AUAGCUGCAUUCACUGUAAUCACAGGUGAGAUACUCUUUCGCUGUAGUAUAAUCAUUCUAUGGCAUUAAGGCAUUGGCUUUGGUAGGCAUAGAAUGGCAUGUAAUUAUAUGAAUGUAUUCCAUUGUUGCACACUGCCCUGAGCCAUGCCUUUCCAGCGGAGGGCCAUUUUAAAAGGCAACUAAAUAAAUAACAAUAAUGUGAAAGCAGGCUGCUAAACCUUCCCAUCCUCCUAAGUGUCUGAGGCGACCACUCUGCCGUGCCACAAUUCAGACAUGGGGAACGAGCAAAGCAAAGGAAGCUCAGGUGUCCCUGAUGAGCCAGAGGCCUGCCAAGUUAAGAUGGAAGGAGACCUGGAGAAGAAGCAGCUGCCAGCUAGGAAGUCAUCAUCUGAUAUGGGAAACGGAACGGUCCAGGCCCACUCUGAUGAAGGAGUUGCAAGCCGAAUUGUCCCAAAACAGGAGAAGGGGAACAGCGUUUCUCUACCAGCAGAAGAACCAGGGCUACCAAAGCUACAGAAGAACUCUCAAGAGGAUAGUCAGCCCUCAUCUCUUUCACAGAGUACCUCUUCAGAAAAGGGUCUUCAUGCUAUUGGACAGGUGUGUGUGUUGUAUAUUGCAAAAAACCCUGUUGAGCACAGCACAGAAAAAUCUGAAUACACCACUCCACGGAUCCCAGGUGAACCCGAAGUUGAGCCAGGAGUGAUCCCCUUGUCUAGUGAAGGUCCGUCUUUGAAUCCUGAAUUGCAGAAGACAGCAGAAAAUCUCCACUCUUUAGCAGAGUCUCCAGUGCAGAAGAGACAUGGCGAGAUAAGCCCCUGUUCUCCCGCAGAGAAAGAUCAGGAUGCUGAGGAAAGUGACUGCGACGACGGUAGCUUUGAGAUCCUCGUUGAAGUCCGUCCUGAACAAGCCACUUCAGAAACGGCGGAAGGGCAUUCUAAGAUGACCUCCGCUCUCGCCACUGAACAUUCUGAGGCUCCGAGUUCUGCUGAAGCGGAAAUGACAACAGGAGCGAUAGCAGAAGCAGAUGGGAAAAACAGAGGCUGCUCUGCUGUCGAUGCCCGAACCACAGAAGGAGGAGAGGGUCAGAAGGAGGCUGACGGCGAGUCUCUCUUGGCCCUGCAAGUUCUAGCGAGCGGUGCAGUCAAACACGCUGAUAUGAACGCUGAAAGGAAGGUCACCGGUUGUGUUCAGAAUGAUGGGGGUUAUCUUACAACAGAGGCCAAGGGCUUGGGGGAAGAACAUCCUGCCACAGCAACCAGACAUGAUCCAGAACGUGAACCUCUUAUAGACCGUCUUGUUGAGGCUGAAGUGCUUUCUCUUCUGAAGGAGCUGAAUGAGACUUGCUUGGAUCCGGAAGUUAUAGAAAUGGCAGAAGCCCAAGUCAGUAAGCUCGAUGAACAUCCCCAGACGGUACACUUCUAUUGCACGGCGGUAACUCUUGCACCUGUAAUCCAGGAGACUCAGCCUGAAGCAACUACAGAUGUCAACGCCGAGCUCCAGAGUUCCUGCAGUGCUCAGAAGGAUUCUACAGAGAGUCCGGUGCAUGUGCAGAAGCAAGAGGCCAGGUUCUCAAAGACUUUCUACUUAUGUUGUAGCCAAUGUAGUGCUGGUGAUGGUGAGGCUAAUGCAGAACAGUAAGGUUCUGCAGCACUAGUCGCAGCUCUUUAGAUACAGGGCUCUUAAAGUCUAGCUUCUGCACCAUCAGAUUAGCGGAUCUUCGAAGAAGUUGUCACUAUAACUCGAUGUGGGGAAGAGAAAUCACAGUAGCAAGGAAACUUCCGAUCAGCUUGAAAGGUAUAACUGUUGGGAACACCCAGGUGAGAACAUGGAUAUAUUUUAAGACGGGGAAGGUGAAAAGCUUGUCUGCUUUGAAUACGUUUUAAAAGGUCAUGCACCAGCUCACCCUGCCUUUCACAUCUCUGUUUUAUUUUGUUAACUAAUGCACCAUGGCAGUUGCUCAUACCUCCAGGAACUUAAUAAAACAAUAAAGAUGGCUUUCAUUUGGAGCAUUGCAUCUUGCUAGGAUUAUGCAGGUCUGUCUGCGGUUCUGCAAAACGUGACCAGCACCCGUGCAAUUUCCUUUGAGGUUCUGGAGAUGAAGAACUGAGCAGAGUUCUCUGGAAUUCUUCUUUUUAACUUUAAAUAUUAAUAAAGGCUAUUUUACUUGUCA